GCAACCAUGGCGGACGCAUCAGCAACUUUGGCGGCUAAUGGCGAAGCCACGCCGGCCGCAUCUCCCGCUGCUUCCAUCCUCGCACCUUACUCGAAGAGGGUUGUGAUAAAGACGAUUCUCGGAGCACCAGAUGGCGGCUUGUCAUUGGUUGGACAGACAGUAGUGGUGGGAGGGUGGGUGAAGACAGGGCGGGAGCAGGGCAAGGGCACCUUCGCCUUCCUAGAGCUCAACGACGGAUCGUGCCCCGCCAACCUUCAGGUGAUUGUGAAGGCUGAAGUGGCGACGCUCGGCGACCUGGUGGCGACGGGCACGUGCGUGCGCGUGGAGGGCGAGCUGAAGCGCACGCCGGAGGGGACGAAGCAGUUGGUGGAGGUCCACGUCAGCAAGGUGCUCCACGUGGGCCCGUGCGACGCUGGCGUGUACCCGAUCGCGAAGACGAAGCUGUCGCUCGAGUACCUGCGAUCGGUCAUGCACCUUCGUCCGCGCACCAACACGAUCGCGGCGGUGGCGCGCAUCCGCAACGCGCUGGCGUUCGCGACGCACACGUUCUUCCAGCAGCACGGCUUCCUCUACGUGCACACGCCCAUCGUCACCACCAACGACUGCGAAGGCGCCGGCGAAAUGUUCCAUGUUACCACUCUCAUCGCCGAAACGGAGCGGCGGGAAAAGGCCCUUCUGGAGAACCCCCCUCCGUCUGACGCUGACGUGGCAGCUGCCAAGGACGCCGUGACAGCCGCAGGCGGCGCAGUGAAGGCUCUUAAAGAGGCCAAGGCGAGCAAGGAGGAGAUUAAAGCCGGCGUGGCGGAGCUGACUAAAGCCAAGGAGGCCCUGGCGGCUCUAGAAGCCCGGUCGAAGAUGCGGCCGGGGCUGCCGAGGAAGGGGGAGGACGGCAAGGGGCCGGUGGACUUUGCGGCAGACUUCUUCGCGCGGCAGGCGUUCCUGACGGUGUCGGGGCAGCUGCAGGUGGAGACGUACGCGUGUGCACUUAGCAGCGUGUACACCUUCGGCCCCACGUUCCGCGCGGAGAACUCGCACACGACCCGCCACCUUGCGGAGUUCUGGAUGGUUGAGCCGGAGAUUGCCUUCGCUGACCUCGAGGAUGACAUGAAGUGUGCGGAGGACUAUGUGCGGUUCCUCUGCCAAUGGCUGCUGGACAACUGUCGCGACGACAUGCAGUUCAUGACCAAGAUGUUUGACAAGACCGCCCUGGACCGCCUGGCGCAUGUGGCCACGUCGCCCUUCGCCCGGGUGACGUACACCGAGGCGAUCGAGCUGCUGCAGCAGGCGAUCAAGGGGGGGAAGAAGUUUGAGAAUGCGGUUGAGUGGGGCAUCGACCUUGCCAGUGAACACGAGAGGUACCUUGCGGAGACACAUUUCAAGACGCCAGUGAUAGUGUACAACUACCCCAAGGAGAUCAAGGCGUUCUACAUGCGGCUCAACGACGAUGACAAGACCGUGGCAGCCAUGGAUGUGCUGGUGCCUGGGGUGGGGGAGCUGAUAGGAGGGAGUCAGCGAGAGGAGCGUUACGACGUCUUGGUCAAGAGGUUGGAGGAGAUGGACUUGCCGCGAGAGCUCUACGAGUGGUACCUGGAUCUGCGCAAGUACGGUACAGUGCCUCAUGCAGGCUUCGGACUGGGCUUUGAGAGAAUGAUUCUCUUUGCCACUGGCAUUGACAACAUCCGAGAUGCCAUCCCUUUUCCGCGCUAUCCUGGUCAUGCUGACUUGUAACCUAUGGGCUUGGCUCUUAGUGGUUUGCAGGACCUGCAUAGCACCAGAGUGGCUGUAACUGAUCACCUGCAUGGGUCUACUGAAACUGCUCAUCACUGUACUGUCCAUGUGCUACUUUACAAGAGAAUACUACUGCUGGUUUCGAACUUCUAUUUC